AUAAUAUUUUUUAACAGUGAUUUUUUUUUAAAGUCUUUGCUACGUUUUCGAACUGCCAAAUCAUCAAAUGACGUGUCGACCAUGGAUCAUGGAUCGUCUGCUUGGCAUAAAUACCUACGAUCAUUAUUUCUAUUAAUUUAUGUUAAACUCUCGCAUUGCUAAUAAGACAUUAGUGCUUCUUUGCGCUAUAAUACAAUGAACAACAAACCGGCAUAUUUGAGAGGCAAAGGUCAGGGAAGAGGUCGAGGAAGAGGGCACACAUCAGGUGGGGUAGGAUCAGGAGACGCCCAGCGAUGGGAGCCACAAAACGGAACUACAUUAGUCAGUCUUAAACCUGGAUUGCCAGUACCCGGCACCAGCUGGUCUACAUGGAAGACGCCUAGUCCUAUUACAACAGAUAAAACUGAAGUCAAGGAUAAUAUAGAUGCAUUUGCAAAAGCAAGCAGUAGACAUCAGGAAGCACUCAAGCGCCAUCUCCAAGACUUUGCUGAUGAUGCAGAAUCAGAUGAGGAGGAUGUUGCAGACAAAGUGAUAGAGAACAUCUUUAAGUCAUAUUCCACUAACUAUGAUGAAGAUGAGGACAGCCAGGAUGACAUCUCCAAAGCCCAAGAGCUUUUACUUCAUUCCUUUCGCUCUGGUGCUUCAGCUUGUCUCAUCUGCAUUGACAAUAUUAAACGGGAGGAUGUAAUCUGGACAUGUCAAGGGUGCUACUGCAUGCUGCAUCUGCAAUGUAUACAAAAAUGGGUUCGUGAGGGUGUAUACCAACAGCAGUACCAGGCAGAUUUGUCCACAGGGACAACAGACUCAGGAUUUCCUUGGUUCUGCCCCAAGUGCCGCCAUGAAUACAAGCAAAUUGAAUGUCCUACCCAUUCCUACUGCUUUUGUGGUAAAGUCUGUGACCCCAAGUUUGACCCAUGGCUUAUUCCUCACUCUUGCGGACAGACAUGUGGUCGUGGACUUAAACCUAGCUGUGGACAUUCAUGCCUUCUCAACUGCCAUCCAGGACCAUGUCCUCCAUGCCCAAAGAUGGUACAGGCUUCAUGCCACUGUGGGAAAAGUGUCCCCAUACCAAGACGAUGUAAUGCACGUUCCUGGGCAUGUGGUAAAAUUUGUGGACGAACUCUAUCAUGUGGUCAGCACAGCUGUGAAGAUAUCUGUCAUCCAGGUGAAUGCAAACCAUGCUCUAAGUCAAGCAUGCAGCCUUGCUCUUGUGGUAAGAAGAAAGCCAGUCGUCCAUGUGCCAGUCCUCAGUGGCAUUGUGAACAGAUGUGUGGAAGACGCCUGUCCUGUGGAAAUCAUCUGUGUGAGAAGAUAUGCCACAGUGGGCAGUGUGGAAGUUGUCCCAGGUCUGGGAUCAGGAAAUGUCCUUGCAAAAAAACAGAAUACGAGCUGCCAUGUACAGAAGACAUUCUUACCUGCGGGGAUACUUGUGGACAACUGUUGCAGUGUGGGAUACAUACCUGUACUCAGCGAUGCCACCAAGGAUCGUGCGGUCAGUGCCUGCAGCUGACACUGAAGCGAUGCCGUUGUGGCCAGUCACAGAAAGAAGUUCUUUGCAGCAAGGAGUAUCUAUGUGAAAAGAAAUGCACAAACCAGAGGGACUGUGGGAAACAUCAGUGCAAGCGAAAGUGUUGCGAUGGUCAUUGCCCUUGCUGUGAGCAGACCUGUGGGAAAACGUUAGGCUGUCGUAAUCACAAGUGCCUUAGUAGAUGUCAUCGAGGCCCAUGCUAUCCAUGUCGAGAAACCAAAGAUAUUACUUGCUUCUGUAAAGCCACCAAAAUUACAGUACCUUGUGGGAAAGAAAAGGUCACCAAACCUCCGCGAUGUAAUCUUCCUUGCAAAAAACCUCCAGAUUGCCAUCAUCCAGAGCGUCAGAAGCACCGCUGCCAUUUUGGGGAGUGUCCACCAUGUUCCCAGGUGUGCAGGAACAAGCUGCCUGCAUGUCAGCAUACCUGCCCGGCACUUUGUCAUGAUGUUGUGAAAGUCAAAGUGGAGGAUAAGACAAAAAAGGAGGGUCCAUGGGAAGGCCGCCGAACGUCCUACAUUGAGACUGUGAGGAAGCCCUGUCCCCCUUGUCAGGUGCCAACACCCAUAGAGUGCAUGGGCAAACAUGAGAUCACAAAUUUCCCUUGCUCAGGAGUGCAACAGUACUCAUGUGGAAAAAAAUGCGAACGACAGCUAGCAUGCAGCAACCACACCUGUCAGCUUGAGUGUCAUGUUGUGACUGGAGCUCCAGAUAGCCGUCAGGCAGGUGAGAAUUGUGAGCCCUGUGAGUCACAGUGCCAAAAGCCAAGGCCAGAAGGGUGUACACAUGCAUGUCUGCAAUCAUGCCACCCUGGCAAUUGCCCACCUUGUACUACAAUGGUACGCAUGCGUUGUCACUGCCAAGCUGUGGUCAAGCACAUAUCAUGCCAUGAGUGGCUGGAGGCUGGACCAGAACGUCAGAAUUCUCUGAAGUCUUGUGGUGGACCCUGUCCAAAACUGAUGACCUGUGGUCACCAGUGCCCUAAUAUCUGUCAUCAUGGACCAUGUGUGGAUCAGAAAAAGUGUGAAAAGAAGGUUAUUAUCCGCUGUGCUUGUAAGCGUAAAAAGAAGGAUUUGCGAUGCAGUGAACGACAGGAUGAUGAACAAUUGCAAUGUGAUGAGAUCUGCGAAAAGAUUCAAACAGAAAAGAAAGAAGCUCAGGAAGAAGAGAGAAGGAAAAAAGAGGAAGAAGAAGCUCGCAAACAAGCUGCAGAAUUGGAAGAAUUUGAGCGGCACAUCAAAGGCAGACGCAAAAAACCACGUAGACAGAAAGAGGAAGUGGCUGAAGCUAGUUUUGGGGAAAAACACCAGAGGAAAAUCCUCUUUUUUGUUUUUGUUGUUGCUUUAGUUGGUUUUGCUGUCUACAUUUUUUCAAUGUAGCUUUCGCUUUUAUCUCAGGGUUACUUUAGCGUCCAUGUGGAUAUUUAUUUAAAUGGAAUUUAUUUUUAUUGCUGUUUAUUCUGAAAGUGAUGUUAAGUGAAAAAAAGGAGGAUCACUAUCUCUCUAAUUGUAUUGCUAUCUAAGGAGCACCUGACAAUCUUACCACUUGGGAAACAGUUAGCCAUAGAGCAUCAGCAUCUAAACAACAUGUACCUUCAAGGUGCAGCUUACUUUUUUUCUAGAUGACCUUGCUGUUGUAUGGUUACCUGAUCUCUUAGAGGGUUAGAGAAGGUGAGACAGUAAAAAGAAAACACUGAUAAGGAUUGUGUAAUUGAUGUAGAAAUCACUUUUAGUAUCUGCUCAUAUGCAAAAUCUUUCAUUCCUGGUAGUAUUCUAGUGGUUCUUCAAAGCACUCCCACAACCAGUGUUUCAUCAGUUUGUUAAAUUCCAGAUGGGGUCUUACUAUGGUUGAGAUCAGCAUUCUCAGCAUACCCUAGUUGAGAUGUAAAAGAUGAUCUCUUAAUGAUUGCAAGGAGGCUGUUGGCCUUAUUCGCUUAAAUCUUAGUAUGUUGGGAGAACUUGAGGUUUUUGUUUAUGUGACCUUCCACAGUCUCUUUCAAGGGUGGUUGCUUUAACUCAAUUCAUUCUGUGCUGUGCUUCCUUCUUUAUAAUUGUGUUUCAUAUUGCUUUUGCCUGUUUGAAAUGUUUUGCACUUGUCUGAAUGAAAACUUAUCUGCUACAGAGCCUUUGCCAAGUCCCUUGAUAACUGUUGCUUUCCCUUGUCUUUAUUUACAUGUUGUGGACCUUUGUAUUGUACACAGUAUAUGCACACUGGGUGCUCUUCGCUAAUUAAUAAAAAUCACAAAUAAGAUAGGUUUGUGAACACUCCAUUGACGGAAGCCUCCUGGAAUCUCUGUUAUCGUUCUUAAAUCAUUCCAACGCCUGCAUUUUUGUAGAGGUGCAAUCAAUGAAACCACUGACAAUAAUUAUCUCACCUUUUUCUGGUCUUGUCUUUCCCAAAGGCAACAUUUUACAGACCGCGCAAGUGCCUACAGUAUAGGUGUCGAGGUAUGCAAAGUUAGGUGAGUGUGAGAGAAAUCUUUUGUUGCUCACUGUGCCGUAUGUUUUAGCAAAAUAGAGAUAAAUCUCAUUAAAGACUAUAGCUGAAUUAAUGUUACCUCAUUCCAUUUCUGAUAAUACCUUCUUGGAUUUACAGACUGCUGGUGAGAGUGAGUGCUCUUUACUGGUUGGUCUCUGAAGAAAUACAGUCUGAGAAUGGCGAGAUAAUACUUAAUACCAGGGAUAGGGAAACCUAGUUUUCUUCCAGGACCCAUUGGGACAUUUAUAACAUUAUUCACAGGCCUUGAAUUUUCAUCAUCAGAAAUAUUAGCCUGCUGUAUUUGGUAAAGCCAUAGUUUUGCCGUGGUGUGUUAACACUUUAGUGAUGGGUACACCUCCAGCCUGCCUGUCCUCAGAGUCACCACAAUAUAGGCUGUAAUCAGAUGACGAGUAGCAUACAUCUGUCCCAUCAUAUAUUGGUAUGUGUCCUAUCCCAUAAUGGAUGUUCCUAUAUUGUCCCUCAAAAUUUACAUUUUAAUGAUGAUUUGCUUAAUAUAAAUUUAUGUUGCUAUGAUAAGAGCUCCUAGAUAUACCGAAUUUCGAUUCUUGCCUGAGGCUGCCUUGGCCACACCAGACCAACUGAUUUUGCAGACCUUAUAUAUAUAUAGCCUGCAGGACAGACACUUCCCGUUCCGGCUUCACACAUUAAAAGUGUAUAAAAUCUGUAGCAUUAGAGAACGCCUUAUUGUUAGCAUCAAAUAAGAUGGCCUCCCUUAGGAGGUUAUGAACUCAAGACUAAAAGCAAGUGAUCUUCAUAGGCCAUAGGCUGGAUUUUAUUUUGUGCUCCUAAUGACUGGGUAAAUCAGAGUGCAAGAUACUGUUUCCCAGAAUUUGAAUGAAUAAACCUCUUCUCCCUUCUCAUAAUCAUGCACAGAUAACACUAAACACCACAGACAUCAGGACUGGGCAUUGACAAGUUUUUCUGUCCAAAAAAUGUGACAGAUAUUUAGAUAUUAAAUGCAAUAUCUAGAACAUUUUAGAAUAGGACCUCUUGCUGGUGCACGCUUAACAUCUGAGCUGUUCUCAUGAUUCGUCUUUAAGCCCAGAUUUCUCACUUGUUUUCAUUGAUUUGUAAGCCUGUCAAGCAGAGACACUAAUCCUUGAAAGGAUCAUCAACACGGUCAGCUCUUUUAAAUAUAUUAGCACCCUAACUAGAUGUAACAUGAGCACAAGUGUUACCCUUUGAUGAUAUUGUGCAAUGAUGAACAGCUUGGCAUUUCCUUAGGAGACUUUCAAUAGUCAAGCUAAUUGGUUAGCAUUUGGCACACACACUUCAAUUUCUCUCUUUAAUGUUUGUGUUAAUCUGAUUGGUAUAAACAAUAUGCAUCUAUAUAAACAGGAACACAAGAGGAUGAGACCACAAACACCGGACUGGAUUUUUGAAUCUUUUAAUGGUCUUAAGCCAAAGAAACCUGGUAUAUCUCAAUAGUAUUAACCUUCCUAUUCUGUGAGGAUUGAAAUAUUUUGGUUUCAUCAUAAAAAUCAUUACCUUAUAGUUAAGUCCUUUGCUUGUAAGAAAAUGUUGCAUUUCUGUUCCAAAUAAAUUAGUGUAUUACACUUUA